GUCCCCAUAUGCUUUUGUUUUUUAUGCCAAGGCCAUCUUCCCUAGCAUGUCAGCUCCUCCUAUAUUGCUGUGGCUUCAUCUUGCUUAGAUUUGCUGCUUAAACAAAUUCUUGGGGAUUUCCUGAGCUUUUCUGCUAGUUGCUGAGUUUUCUUUCUUUUCCAUUUUCAUCUACAGCCUUUUUUUUCCAUUGGCUUUGAUACCAUUUUGUAUCUUUCGAAAAAGAGUAGAGUGGAGAGAGAACACUCGGAAGAAAAGGAGAAACACCCAGAGUUCCCUCUUUUGAAGAGGUUCAUCACGGAACCCAGCUCCUAGGUUUGUCUCAAACCCAGGCGCUGGGUUUCGCGACGAGCCCCAUGCCUAGGUUCCGAGAUGAACCCCGUGCCUGGGUUCGUCUCGGAACCCAAGGGAGGGGUUUGCGACGAACUCGUGCUGGGUUCACCUCGGACCCAGGCACUGGGUUCGCCUCAGAACCCAAGCGUGGGGUUUGCCGUGAACCCAACUCCUGGGUUCGUCUCCGAACGGAAGAUGAGGGGAUUUUCGGUUUAGGAAGAAAGAAAAUGAGAAAGAAUACGGAAGAAGAAACAACAGUGCCUGUGAUGUUAUAAAUUGAGUUUAGAUUGUCCGGCUGCCGUGGUAUUCUGCCUGCGUUCCCGAAUUGCAUAAAUUGGCUGCAACUUGAAAAAGUAAUUAAGAAGACUAUCGACUGUAUAUCUCUCCCACAGACGGGUUGAAAUGGCAAAAAGCCGUGAUUCCAAUACUGCAAUUGUUCCUUUUCAUCUUAAAGAAGACAAUUAUGAAGAUUGGAGAAUUUACAUUGAAAACUAUCUAUUGGCUCAAGAUCUUUGGGGCAUUGUUGAAUCUGAGCAUUCCGAUUCGGGCGAUGGGGAAAUUUGGAGGAAAAAGAAUGCGGCAGCUCUAUAUGCAAUUCAUACUACAUCUUCACCAGAUAUUUUUGCU